GAAAAAAGAAUUGCAUGAAUACACAGCGAGAGAGUCAUCUGUGAAAGCUUUCUCAGUUGCAACGAAGUUAGGUUACAGCCUCGAAGACGGUCCACAACUUUUGAAAGAUAAGAAACUAGCUAGCAAGUGAAUUACUUUUCCUGAAUCUCUAGGCAUAUUAGGUAACAUAUGCAAUACAUAAAUCCCAUGUUCUCAUGUUUCUUAUGGCACGGAAAUUUGGCCAUUGUUGUAGUCCCUGACGCUAUCCCUCUCCCAAGGCACAACCUACAUGAUUUAUAUUCAUUAAUAUUCUGAGGUAAGCCACCUAAACUCCAGUGUCCUAAUUUCCUAUAUAAAGGAGUGCCCUGUAUCAGCUCCAACACAAAGCCGACUAAUAUAACCAUUAAACAAACUCUCUUCUUCUUUCUCUCCAUGGCUGAAUUACCAUCUCCCGAACAACCACGUCCACCAUCGUCCCCUUCCACGAUGGUCAAAGGUGGCUCAAACUACCCUGUCCACCAGACCUUAGCCAGUGCAGCCAAUCUUGCUAACCUUCUACCUACCGGCACAGUCCUCGCCUUUCAGACCCUCAUUCCUACUUUCUCCAACAAUGGGUCCUGCCAACUUUCCAAUAACUUCAAGGACAAUGAUACUGAUGGGAAACUCUAUUAUGGCAUCGCCACAUUCAAAGGCCUCUACAUCUUUAACUACAGUAAACUUGAGAACAUUAACACGGACUUGGAAAAGUAUAAGAUAAAGUUCUUAGAUUUUGUUCAUGCCUUUAUGUCGCUCUUUGUGUUCUUGAUCUUUGCUCUUAGCAACUCCCAUGUGCAAAGCUGCUUCUUAUCUGCCUUGGGAAUAAACUACAGUGAGUUAGCAAUGAAUUUGCCACUAGGGGCUGGGAUUUUAUCAAGCUUCUUCUUCACAAUCUUUCCAACUGCUCGUAGAGGGAUUGGAUACACAGACAUGGUGCCCCAAGCAUAAUAUAUAGUAGCUUUUGUAAAACAUAAAUUAUGUAGAUGUGCAUUCCAAAGAAAACAAAAUUAUGCAGAUUUGGCUGGUGAUAUGAACUCCUUAUACUGCAAAUUAUGUUUACUGUUCA